AUGCCCGGCUCCGCUCUCUCUCCGCUUCUCCUGCUCCUUGUUCUGCUCCGUGUGCAUCCGAUUUUCACUCAGUUUCAGGUAAAAUUGAUAACAACCAAUGUCCUGUACUAUCUAAAUUUGCUCGAGAAUAAUGCCACGUUUGAUAGGUUACUAAUAAACUAUCUUCCGUUAUUCAAUGAUAUAUCAAUUUGCCGCCAAAGUACUGUCCUGCAGACGGAGCACAAUGAACAAUUGUUUUGUAUUUUCGGGGAACAGGUGCCAGACACUAACCGAUGAGCUGUCAAAUCCAUUGCUCACGGAGCCACCGAUUGGCAGCGAUUUGCAGACCGCGUUUAAGUGGUUUCCAUUACGAUUCCCUCAUAUUCAGUAGACCGAGAAAUGGAGGAAAUGGUCUCGAAUCAUAUGAUCUUCGCUUCCCUCACUGCUUCGAUGUUUACUACUUGUGAUUGUACUUGUUUGUCAUUGAACAGAAAUCAGAGAAUACUUGGGAAACAGGAAGUUAACAGGUACUGUAUCGGGAGAAUUCGGAGCACAUCUGGAACAGUUCGCAGCCCGUCCGUUUCUGGGAACUCGUCGAGUACCGCCCGACGCCUCCUCCCACCACGACCACGGUCCCGCCGCCGACGACGACGACGUAAGUGAACGGCUGACUUUCUUAGACUUCAUUCGCCGAAUGACCUGUCUCUCCUCUCCGACCUGAUUCCCUUCCAAAUCACAAAAACAGCAGCAGCGGUCGAAAGACUGACUGACCACGUCAUCCUAUGAUUGUGAUAAAUUGAAGUGGAAUCCAAGAGAUUGUCGACUACAACAAGUCACGAGAUUCGUCGUUUGUGGUUCAGAACUCCGACGACUACAACCACCAGAGAUCCUUGCGAGUCAUCGCACCCGCUGGAUCUGACCAGAAGACUCCGAGACACUGCCGGAUACAACAAGAUCUAUAUGGCAAACGACUUCUCGUCGGCUCGCAAUGAGUUCCCGGACCUGCGUGGGUUGGCUCAUAAAGCAUCCACCGAUUAUCACUGUGGAAAAAGAUGUCAACGGUGAGGGAAGGAGAGAGAGAGAAAGGGAAAGGAAAGAGGUUUAGAUCGAGUCAGCUCAUUCGAAAAAUAAUAAAAACGGGUCAGCCGGCAGAAGCGGAAAGAGCCUGGUGGGACGAGGAAGAAUGGGAAGAGCGAAAGAAACGGGCGAUCGAAUGGAGGGAUUCGGAGGUCACGGACAGUGCGCUCCUCAUGAGAAACACCGGCACGUCCAAGCAUAUUCUAGGUUCGUUCGCGUCCGUACCUACCAUAAUACUCAUUCCAGGAAUGACCGUUGCUGUCGAAUGUGACGACGAGAACGGAGAGUUCAACAGCGGCGGCUAUUCCCUGUGCACCACGUGCCGGGCCGUCCGUCAUCUCCCUUCCACCUACUUUCCACGCGUCAUCAAUGAGCUCAUUUGUUCUCAGAAAGCGUGUCUCCGUGGGGAGGGAAAGUGCAUUCAAAGGGUGAUGCCUAUGAAGGUACAUCCGUCGUCGUUAUCAUCCCCAAUUGAAUAACACUUUUUAGGUGCUUCGAAAUGUGGGGACCCGCGAGUGUGCUCGAUGGCACAUCAGCUCCAUCGACGUGCGAACGUGCUGUGAUUGCAUGCUCAACCCGUCCUCACCACUUGUUACUUACCUGUGA